AUGCCCACUUCUUCCCUUCUUUUUUAUUUAUUUAUUUUCAUUUAGCUCAACGAAUCAGCUAAACAGCUUAUAGAGACGGACAAGACCAGUCUAGCUGCUGCAUCCGGCAGUGAUGCCUCUUUGCCUGCUGACAUUAACCUGGCAGUAAAUACAGCCCAUUGCUGUACCUUGAACAGUGCCGGAGCAGUCAGUGCCAUUCAGCGGCAUAUUGACGGCAAGAAGAACACCAAGAAGCGCCACUCCUUCACGGCUCUCAGUAUGACACACAAAUCCUCCCAGGCCUUGAAUAACAGGCAUUCCAUGGAGAUUAGCGCCCCUGUUCUGAUAAGCUCCAGCGACCCCCGUGCUGCUGCCAGAAUUGGAGAUGUGGCUCAUCUCUCAUCCAGUGCUCCAGUACAGGACUCACCAUUAGCUGGAUCUGCAACCAUGGCUGGACCCAGAGCAAGCAGCAUCAGCGGAGAUCAAGUGACACCACCAAAGGUCCAGCUACCUCUCAAUAUCUACCUGGCGCUGUAUGCAUAUAAGCCCCAGAAGACUGAUGAGCUGGAGCUUCGCAAGGGUGAAAUGUACCGCGUCAUUGAGAAGUGUCAAGACGGCUGGUUCAAAGGGACAUCUUUGAGAAAUGGCAUGUCUGGAGUCUUCCCAGGAGGCCCAGCUCUCACCAGUUCUGCUACUGUCAUCAGGCCUGCUGUCCCAAUAACAACCCCACCCACUCAACCCCAGCUGCCGACAGGCUCCCCACAGCUGAACAGCUGCUCGAGGUAUUCUUCCCAACCCGCCGUCAUCCAGGCUCGCGGUUCUGCGCAAAUGGUUGUGCACCCUUCUGUUCAGGCCCAAGACCGGCCCACAGCCACAGUCUCACCACUGAGGACCCAGAACUCUCCGUCACGUCUCCCAGCAACUGUGGUCAGGCCACACUCCGUGGUGUCUCCACAGCACAUCCACCACUCCCCUGUGCAUGUCAUCCCAGGAGCGCAGUGUGCCAGACCCAUGAUCCCCCUGACUUCAGCAGCAGCAGCAAUUACGCCUCCAAACGUCUCUGCCAUCAGUCUGAAUGGAGAUGUAGGGGGUGGGCCUAUCAGCAGCUUAGCAACUUGCAGCCCAACCAACACAGCUGGUAAAGCAGAGGAGAGGAAGAAUGAAAAGAAAGAAAAGAAGAGUGGACUCUUGAAACUUCUGGCCGGAGCGUCAACGAAAAAGAAACCCCGCUCUCCUCCGUCAAUGUCCCCGACACAUGACCCCCUGUCCGUGGUGGAGGGGAUGCUGCAGGGCGCCAUAGGACCCGAACUGUCUUCUCUCUCUAGCCACGGGAGGGCAGGCUCGUGCCCCAUCGAAAGUGAAAUGCAAGGAGCAAUGGAGAUGGAACCGCUGCACAGAAAAACAGGCUCCUUGGAUUUGAAUUUUUCUAUCCCUUCUCCCAUAAGGCAGCCGCCUCUUUCGAUGGCAGCCAUCCGUCCGGAGCCUAAGCCAUUGUCUCGAGAAAGGUACCGCGUCGUGGUUCCGUAUCCACCUCAAAGCGAAGCAGAGAUCGAACUGAAAGAAGGCGACAUUGUGUUUGUCCACAAGAAAAGAGAAGACGGCUGGUACAAAGGGACAUUACAACGGAAUGGCAGGUCGGGCCUCUUCCCGGGAAGCUUUGUGGAGAGCUUUUGAGGGCCGGCACUCUGCACUCUCUGGACUGGAGAGACCUUUUAGAGGAAAUUCCAUAGCACAAAAAGCAACAGCAAGGAGACACUUUCCUAAUAUCUACUGCCAUAACAAUAAUUGUAAUUAUUGUUCCCAAAGACCUCCCCCGCCCCAGCUCUUUGAUAUUCAGGCCCAGGGAUGGGGUCUCUUGCUGUG